CAAUAACAUAGACCUAUACGCUUUGAUUUUAUAUGUGUAGCCCAAAUGUAUCACUCAAAAUCCUGAUACAAGGGAAACAUGAAUUCAGGAGUUGCCUGAAGGUGUAUAUCACCCUGAGUUAGGAAUAAAAACAUAGCCUCUUUCACUUUCGAAACCAGAGUUUUGCGGAAGUUUGCUUCAAGCUCAAUAUGCGUUUGUGUUGACGGUCUUCCUAAUAACUGGGCAUUUUUGAUGUUUCAUUUUAUAUUUUGUUCAUUCUCUGCAGUAUGGCUCGGAGACGCGACCCUAAAGCACGCGGUGACGAUUUUGAAACGAAAACUCCUCUCUUAGAUGAAAGUAAUGGAGAAUAUGAUGAUGCAGAUAAUACACAUACAGCACAUGCAGGGCCGUCGACAGUGGCGGACAACCAGGAAAAUCCUUCAACAACUUGUGGAACACAAUUAAUUAGUUUAUCCACAAGGUGGCAACCGUGCCCUGGGAGCAUCGAUUCACAAGGUAGUCAAAGAAAAACCACAUAAACAGAACAGACCGGAACGCAUGCAGGCUACAGCGACAAUGGAGGCCUAGAUAGAUGAGAGAUUGCGAAGAGGUUAGAAAGUAGCCUCACUCUAGCAGGAAAGAAUACAAAGAUAUUUACAUGGGUUGUAACUCAUGGCGAGAGAUUACUCAAAUGAAGUAUACUUUCCAAGGCAUAAACAGAACAGACCGGAACUGUGCGUGUACACUAGUGUACGCAUGAAAAACGAAGAAUACCCAGGGCUUCAACCCAUGCUCUGCUGCCACACUGGAGUGCCACCAACUGGAUAGGGGUGGGAAUUACAGUUACAAGUUACAAUAUAGAUCACCCUCAGUGUAAUCUGUCAAAAUGAUGGACGGCCUUCAGAUUUUUCUGUCAUGGCUAAAAAAAAACUUAAGUCAGACGGAAAAUAUUCAGUCACCGAAACCUCUGGUUAGGACAUUAAAGAGAUCAUUCUACUGACUGAAAAACAGCAGGAGAAAGAUGCCCAGGGUCUCUGUUCAUCUUUUGUGAACAUGCCAUAGUCCUGCUGCAGGACGGAUGAGGACUGCAGAUGUGAACAGAGCAAUGAACAGCAGUGUCUGUAAUGUAAGACUCCAAAGACAGUGCUACAGGAAGACAGGAAGGACAGAUGAUCGUCAUUUCUAAUGCCAAACCACAUGUAAAUAAAAGCAGUUGAAAGUGAGAGGAAGUUUCUUUUUUUCUGAGCUUAUAAACAUGGACAUUAAAUAAAAGAGAGAUGAAAAACAAGCAUAAUUAUGCAGAAAACAUAGAUUGCCCAAAAGGCAAUCUUAUACACCAUUGCUCAGGACAAGUCAUUAUUUAGAAGAAGAAAAAAAACAAUUCUGUGAUAAAUGUGGUGAACAAAAGUUUUUGUCAUAGCUGUUAUUGUGUAUUUUACUAAAGUUGGAAUACUGAAUUAAUCUGUAGCCUAUUUAUCAGCAUUCAAGAUUAAAAUGUUCAGUUUUAUAAUUGUAUUUUGAGAGUGUGAUUUUUCCAUUUGUAAUCUGACUCACUUUUAUCCUUAUUAACAGAUGGAACAUUUACAGAAGCAGCAGGACAUACCACUGACUCCAUUAAAAACAUGAGAUUCAUAGUGCUUGGAAGUGAUAAUAGUCUAAUGAAUAAAGUUCCUGAAUUCAUAUUAGGGCAAAGAUGUAUGAGGAGCGGUCCUGGAAUAUGUGAGUUAAGAGAGGAUCAUGUUCAGGAUCGCCAUGUGUCUGUAGUGAUAACUCCAGUUAACUGGUUGGAACGCUUGAAAUCAUUCUGGUUUUUCAAAAAUGCAGUCAAAGAAUUGAAAAAGGAAAUGGAGUUCAGUGAAUCACUGGUCUUUCCUGGGCCACAUGCCUUUCUCUUAGUCAUUGAUGGCCAGAGCAAUAAAGAGCAUUUACUUUUAGAUGCAGUCAGAGAAGUGUUUGGUCAGAAGGCUUUAGACUACAGUAUGGUGCUGUUCAUUAAUGCAUGUCCUCAUAAUUCUCCAAAAGAUAAUCUUUGUGUUAAGACAUGUGGUAACAGGCACUAUAUAUUAUACAGCACAAGGCAAAGUGUAGCGGGUUUAUUUGUAGAAGUGGAGAGAAUGAUACGGAGUAAAAAAUGUGAAUUUUUUACAAAUCAUUUUGAGUUCUUUAAAAAAUGUUCAGUUCAUCUUCAAAAUGAAUUAAAGACUGAAUAUGAGAAAAAGGAGAGUGAACUAUUGAGAAAAUUGACAGAGAUGAACAAGACAGUGCAAAAUCAACAGAAGAAAAUUAGAGACCUUAAAACAGAAGUUCGCCUGAAAGAUGCAAUGCUGCAAGAGGAGAGCCACAAGCGCAAAGCACUAGAACAAAAACUGACUGAAGCAGGAGCCGAGCAAGCCCUGCUAACAAGACGACAGCCAAGGACAGCACAAAGACAGGAAGUGCACAAAGAUGAAAGUGAAGAAGAGAUUGAGGCCAGAGAGGAAGAUUUACAAGCAAGUGGAUUACAAAAGUUUGAAGGUCUGAAAACAGUGAAACGGGACAGCAAGGAUAUUAAUCCACCCAACAUGUCAGAGCACAAAGAUGAAAGAGAAGGAGAGAUUGACACCAGAGAGGAAGAUUCACAAUCCAGUGGAUCACAGUAUUUUAAAGGUCUGAAACCAGUGAGACGGGGCAGCAAGGAAACUGAUCCGCCCAACAUGUCUAAAAGUGAAGAUGGACCAUGGCUUGUUCUCUGAAUGGACUGAGGCUGCAUCUUUAGAAAUUAUGACUGCACAACAGAUGAAAUCUCAGUAUCAGGAGUUUAGAAAGUUCCCAUCUGACAGCUGGUUUGCGUCUGCCUUAGACGACAAACCCAUGAAUGUUAUGCCAACAGUACUCAGUCUGGCUCUGUCACUAACUUCUGGAAAACACUGUGGUUAAAGUUCAUCUCCUCACACAGAAUCAACAGAGAACUGUCACACUAAGCAGUAAAUGUCAGUAUUGACAUUUGUAGCUACAUUAAUUCAGUAUUUUCUUUGUUGAUAGACUACACAGUAAUUAUUUAUAUCUUGUUAAUUUAUAAUAGUGUUUCUACUUUCAUAUUUACGUUUUACGUAAAACAUGACGUUUACAGGAUGACAUGGAUUAUAACAUUGUGCUUUACAAUAAAGCAUUUUAGAAAUCUAUAUUUGAGCAUUUUUACAAUGUAAAAAUAAACAAAUUCAACAGUACAUGGCAUUUUAGAAGAUAAUAUCAGUUAAUAAGAUGAAUAUCAUGUAUAAACAGAAGGUUAAGGAUCAUGUGUUUGAUCUCAUAAUCUGUCUGUCUACAUACUAUCCACUAUCCUGCCUGUCUGUCUGAUCGUCCCUCUUUUCCUUGCUUCUCUCUCUCUCUCUCUCUCUCUGAAUGAUGUUACCUGUGAUGACACCACAAUAAUCAAAUCACAGUCACAAGUAUUAGUUUCACUAUAAAUAAUAUUUUUGACAAUAAAAUCUUAAUAACUCUUUCUGUCAAGACAACAGGAAAAAAAAAAAAGCCUUUCCAGAGCAACGGUUGGAACUAGGGGCUAAUCUGGGAUUUUUGAGUUGUGGAAACCCUAAUCCAAGAUGAUGGGAUUCAUAUACAUUUUAUUACCGUAAUCCAUCUCUAACCGGUAGUUGGAAAUCCAUGUUUAGGAAAAUCCAUGUAACCGAUCUGGUGCCUCUUCCACCCACUACCCUCGAUAGUGGGGCAGCCAAGGUACGUAGAGAUCCCCCCAGUGGAUCCCUGGUCUCCCAUCCGAAGGCCUGUUAACAGACGGAGGCGAUAAGACACAUCCUGCCCCGGUGGCCUGCUGCUGCUUCCACAAUUUCCAUAAUUUGUUAAUGUGCUGAAUCACAUACCAAUGGCCCAGUUAAGGCUACGUCUACAAUAAUCCGGAUAGAUUUGAAAACGGCGUUUUCAUUUCAAAACACUCUCCGUCCACACGAUAAAAAUGUAAGUCUUGUAUCUGUAAAUAUUUAAUAUUAACAUUCAGUCCAGGCUAGAUCAGCAGUUUUAUCAUUGGUAGAAUAUAAAAUAUUUCAAUACAAGCAUUUCAGUCAAAUAUAGUUUAUGCUGUAUGUCAAAUCUUUAAUCUGGGAAAAAUCAACCUGAGGAAACAGUAUAAAAUUGGCCCAGUUCCGCAGGGAAAAUGCAGACUUGGCAACCCUGAUUUCCACUAUUAUACCAAAGUAAAAGAAAUGAAAAAUUACUGCUUUACAAUCACAACAUCAUCCUGUCCCAUUAAAAACCUUGAGAAGGAGACAUUCACAACUUACUUAAGACAACAAGGUAUAUAAUGUAAGAUUAAACAGCAACAGAGAAAUAAUAUAAAAUUAAAAGUAAUAAGUGAAUGAAACUCUCUUGAUGCCACACAAUAAUGCUUCCUGCUUCUUCUGGGUUUGAAGUCUGUAUGUUUGCUCCAAACCACAUCCUUUGCUCAAGUGUUGUUUCAGUCUGCAGUCUGAGCUCGGUUUAAUUUUCAUAACUUUUGUCUUAAUAGCAGCUGGAUGGAAGACUGUUCAUUUUGCUCUUUCAGUUUUUUUUUUAAUUUAUUUAACUAAAAUUAACUUAUUAAUAGCCUUAUCAGACUUUUUAUGAGAAUCAUUUCAAUAUUCAACAUGGCACAAAGACUACAAAAGAGAGAUGAAACAUUUUCAGAUGAAGCAAAACAACCCACAGACUUCAUUAAAAGACUUAGAUUCAUGGUGCUUGGAAGCGAUGAGAAAGUGAUGAAUAAAGCUUGUGAUACGAUUCUUAGGUCAACAAAUAGAUUAAAUACCACUAAACAUGAUAGGACAUGUGAGUUUAGAGAGGCUUGUGUCAGCGGACGACAUGUCUCUGUAGUAAAAACACCUACUUAUUGGCUGGAAAACUUGAAAACGUACCUCUCCUUCAGCAAUAGUGUCAGAUCUAUGAAAAGUGACAUAGAGUUUUGUUACACACUGGUCUUUCCUGGGCCUCAUGCAUUUCUGUUAGUGCUUGGAGAUGUGUAUAACUCUGGUAAAGAGCAUUAUCUCCUACGAGCUCUCUGUGAAGUGUUUGGGCAGGAGGUGUUAGACUACAGUAUGGUGUUAUUUAUGCAUGAAUACAGUAACAGCGAUAUAGACAGGAACCAUUGUGUCAGAAAGUGCAGAACAAAGCCCCACAUUUUAAAGGACAAUGAGGACAAUGUCCUAAAGCUGUUCCAUGAUGCUACUGGGACAAUGAUGAAACAGAGAAAAGGGAGCUUUUUUACAAAGGAUCUUGAGUUGCUAGACAAAGCCGAAGCUUAUUUUAAGAAAGAAUUUGAUGCUACAUAUGAGGAGAGGGAGAGUAUACUGAGAGGAGAUUUGGCAGAAAUGAAAACAGCAGAGGAAAAACUAAGAACUAAAAUUACAGAAAUGGAAAAACAGAAUUCCGAAAAUGAGAGAAUUACAAGAUCUGCGUGAAAAAUUGGAUCAGUUAAGGAAAGACUUGGAUGCUUCCAUAGGCAGAGAGUAUCAGUUAAGUCAACAGAUUGAUGCUCUCAAAGAGAAAAACUAUGAACUAAAAGAAGAGUUGUUUGACCUUAGGGAUCAUAAGAGAUGGGUCAAUGCAGAACUGACCGCCUCCAAUGAAAGAGAGAGUCAGAUGAAGUCUGACUAUGAGAAGCUACAAAGAGAACUGGAGCAACUCAAAGGCAACGAGAAAAAGAAUCCAAGAGAAUCAAAGGACAUAGAAGAAUUACUGCUCACAGAGAACAACAGAUUACAGGAGCAAAAAGAAGUACAGGCCUCAGCACAAGAAGAGGAACUGGAUGAGAGAAAGAGAAAAUUGCUGCAGACAGUCGCUGAAUCACAGCAUGGCAUUCAUAUCUCAACAGCAGUUACUCCCCCUAGUGUUUCUGAAAACAAAGUCAAAACUCUGAGUGGAAGAGAAUGUGAGGUGGAAAGCAAACCAAUAGAUUCACAGUCCAGCAGAUCACUUAAACGUGAAGCACUGAAUCCUGUGAGACAGAACAGCAUGCAAGAUCCACCCAACAACCGUUUCUCCUUCUUUUUCCACUGGUUGCUACUAUAUUCCAAUAUAUUCCACAUUUACAUAAGGAAAGAAGUUUCCGAGGAGCAGCACUUUUCUGGAUCUCUCUACUCCUGACUCAGAUGAUAGUGACUGAAUUGUAUGAAAAUCUGAAACUGUUGUGUAUCUCCUGAAAGAAUCUCUAGAACGCGAUGAUAACAGACAGCUGUAUUUCCAAAGUUUGUUGAUAACAGGAAUCAUUGUAGGGACAGAUGCUCUUUCUUUUGCACUUCUUUUUCUCCUGUAUGAGCAGUGAGGGAGGUAAGACUGUGUUGUUCAUUUCUAUUUUCUUUUCUAUGUAAGAAUUAGCAUCUAAGUUAGUUUGGUUUUGUUUUUUAUUUUGAGCAUGUUCCCUUCCUGAAGCCAUUUUGAUUAUAUUAAUAAACCUUUUCAUUAAGAAGCCA